AUGUACAUAGCUCAUGAUGUAGCAAGCGGAGGCCUACGCCUCGUAACAGCAAAAUAUGGAGCCAUGUGGCGUAACAUGCACAGAAUGGUGCACAACAUCUUCAAUAUGCGCGCUGCAGUUACAUACGUUCCUUACCAAGACCUCGAGAACAAGCAGAUGCUGCGAGAUCUACUGGAUAGCCCAAAUGACCUUAUCAACCAUAUACGCCGAUACAGCAAUUCGCUUACCACUCAAAUGGUCUUUGGGUUUCGAACGACGAGUAAUGCUGAUCCAAAACUGAGACAGCUCUUCGAGUGCUUCGAGAAAUGGGGUCACUUGGCUGCUGGAGCAAGCUCGCAGCUCUCAGAUCUCUACCCUAUUCUGCAACACCUGCCGCCUUUUUUGCGCCCGAACUACCGGUAUGCGCGAAGCUUACACAAGAAGGAAAUGGAGCUGUAUCUUGGGCACUGGAUGGAAACAAAGAAGGGUUUGCUGAAUGGAACAGGGAAGCCUUGCUUCUGCAAUGAUGUUCUUCGGGUUCAGGAUACCGAGAACAUGUCCGACGGACAAGCUGCAUAUCUCGCCGGCUCGCUCCUUGAAGCAGGCAGUGACACCACCUCUGCUAUUCUCAUCGGCUUCGUACAAGCCAUGCUUGUUCAUCCCGACGUACAACACCGUGCUCAAGCCGAACUUGAUCAAGUCGUUGGACAAGCACGUCUCCCACAUAUCCACGAUGCGGAGACGCUGCCAUACCUCCGCGCUAUCGUCAAGGAGUGCAUUCGAUGGAUGCCCACGACUAUCAUGGCGGCACCGCACGCAGUCACACAGAAUGACGAGUACAUGGGUUAUAAGAUUCCGGCCGGAGCUACCGUGCUGAUCAAUGUCUGGGGUUUACACAUGAACCCCACCACAAAUCCUAACCCACGGACCUUCGACCCAUCACGCUUCCGAGAUGACCUUCGCUCGGAAUUCGAGUGUGCGACUGCCCGCGACCCAUCACAGCGGCGCAACUAUAUCUUCGGCUCUGGGCGCCGCGUAUGUCAGGGUAUGCACAUCGCCGAACGCUCAUUGUUCCUUGCUAUCACACGUCUUCUGUGGGCGUUUGAUUUCAUCCCGCCCGAAUCAGGAAGCAUGCCGGACGUGGAUGAUUUGGUGGGCAGUUUGACGGUGCAACCCGCGCCAUUUGAAGUCAAGAUCAUAGCGAGAAGCGAGGAUAAGAAGAGGAUAGUGCAUGAGACGUGGAGGGAUGCAGAACAGACGUUGUUGAAUGGCGAGGGACAGUGGAAAAUUGUACCACAAGGAAUGGCAUUUAGCACGUGGAUGCCUGACGUAAAGGAACAAAAAGAGUAA